AAGGGGUCAAAUUUCAGCGUCCAAAGCAGCAACAGUAGCAGUUCAUUUAUUAAGCAGCUGCCGCUACUACAGAAAAUCAAAAAUGACUGGACGCGGUAAAGGAGGAAAAGGACUGGGAAAAGGAGGCGCCAAACGUCAUCGCAAAGUGUUGCGUGAUAACAUCCAGGGAAUCACCAAGCCUGCCAUUCGUCGUUUAGCCCGCCGUGGAGGAGUGAAACGUAUCUCCGGUCUGAUCUACGAAGAAACCCGUGGAGUGUUGAAAGUGUUUCUGGAAAACGUAAUCCGGGACGCCGUUACAUACACAGAGCACGCCAAAAGGAAGACCGUCACCGCCAUGGACGUCGUAUACGCUCUCAAACGACAAGGCCGUACUCUGUAUGGUUUCGGAGGUUAAAAAGCCUACCAAAAUUACUUCAACUUUGUGAACCUUAAUAACAAUUAUCAAAAGGCCCUUCUCAAG